UCGGGGAAUCGGUAUAAAAACCGGAGUGCUCCAACCGGUUCGUCACAACUUGUCUGCAACUCCGUCUAAGAAGACAACACUCGCACAAAGACUGUCCCAGUUCUUCAACACGAUGGCAGUUAAUUUCAAAAUCACGCUGCUUGUGGUUGUUUUGAUGAUCGUCGCUGUGGCAAUGGCGAAAAAAGUUAAAUUAUAUUAUGGCCAUGGUGGUUAUGGUGGCUACGGUGGAUACGGAGGCUACGGUGGAUAUCGUGGAUAUGGCGGAUAUGGCGGAUAUGGCUAUCCAUAUGGAGGCUAUGGCGCUGGAUACGGACAUGGCUAUUACAGCGGAUACGGCUAUUGAUGAACGAACACUUUUGUUUUGAAAAUUAUGAUGACCUUACACUCGUUUAUAUAUCUGUAUGGACACACCCGGCAGGCAUAUACAUUGCAAUUUUUUCAAGUGAA